AUGAGGAAAAACAUUGGCGAGGAUCUGCGGGACGUCUAUUUUGAAGCAGAAGGCAAAGAUGUCGUCGGUAUUUACUCAUUACACAACCCUAUUCUCGUUGUGCGGGAUCCAGAGCUGAUCAAAACGAUCUUUGUGAAAGAUUUUAACUAUUUUCCCGAUCGGGGUGUUUAUGUGGACGAGAAGACAGACCCACUGUCAGCACACCUCUUCUUCCAAUCAGGAGCCAAGUGGAAGUCAUCGCGCCAGAAGCUGUCCCCCACGUUCACGUCUGGAAAAAUGCGCGCCAUGUUCGGCAUAGUGCGCGACUGUGCACGCACUCUGGUUGACGUCACACCUGUGGGCAGCGUUGUGGAAGUCCGUGAGAUGCUUGCCCGCUACUCCACUGACGCCAUCGCUUCCUGCGCCUUCGGCAUCGAUGUAGACAGCCAGCACAACCCCAACGCUGAGUUCCGACAGUGGGGACGGCGCUUCUUCGAGCCUUCGUUGCGUACCUUCCUGUCUUUGGGUGUGGCACUCGCUAAUCCCAAACUGCGCACCCUGUUACCUAUACCCCUCGUUCAAAAGGACAUCGCAGAGUACUUCACACAGAUCGUCAAGGACACAGUCAGACACCGAGAGGGAACAGGAGUCAUUAGGAAGGACUUCAUACAGUUGAUGGUUCAGUUGAAGAACAACGGACACAUCGAUGACAGCUUUUCAGUCUCUGGGCAUAAGAAUUCUCAACGUAAGUCUUGA